AGUUUGUCUUGUGUGUGUGUGUGUUGGCGAGGUCCUGGUGGAGGAACAGCGGCUGCAGGGCAAUGGUUCAGUGAGGAGCCGAAGCCGAAUCAAGAGCCGCGCUGCUCUUUUAGCCACAGCGCAGUCUGUACGUCUGGGGCUGCCCUGGCGGCUGGGACACAGACAGACAGAGGAGACACCAAGGGGGGGGAGUCGCACCGAGAUGCCGUAACCAUGGACUGUAGACUGAAAGAGAGCCCAGAAAGAACUUUUGAUCUGGUAUUCAAAGUGACUUGCCCGGCUUCUGACAAUGAAGAUCCAGUGAUUGUGUGGAAGUUCCCAAAGGAUUUCAGAGACCAGGAAGUGCUGCAGACUGUGCCGAAGUUUUGCUUUCCUUUUGAUGUUGAAAGGGUUUCACAGAGUCAAGUGGGACAGCAUUUCACUUUUGUGCUUACAGACAUCGAAAGCAAACAGAGGUUCGGGUUCUGUCGCUUGACCUCAGGAUGUCGAGUCUGCAUCUGUAUCCUCAGUUAUUUGCCUUGGUUUGAAGUUUACUACAAGCUACUGAAUACAUUGGCAGAUCUUUUAGUUAAGGAGCAGGAAAAUGACUUGAAUGAUAUUUUAGAAACUUUGUAUAAACACGAUGUACCAGUGCCAAAUACUCCUGUCAAUCUCAGUCUGAAUCAACAGAUAUGCAUUAGAAGUGGACAGCUGAAAAACAUGCCAAAACGGGGUUUGCGUUCAUACUUCAUUACCCCUGAUACAAGUGGACUGCCCACAAUACCUGAAAGUAGAAACAUGACUGAAUAUUUUGUUGCUGUGGAUGUCAACAACAUGUUGCAACUUUAUGCCAGUAUGCUGCAUGAGCGACGUAUUAUCGUUACCUCCAGUAAACUUAGCACUUUAACGGCUUGUGUUCAUGCAUCAGCUGCCAUGCUUUAUCCAAUGUACUGGCAACAUAUUUACAUCCCAGUGCUCCCUCCCCACCUGCUGGACUAUUGCUGUGCCCCGAUGCCCUAUCUGGUUGGAGUUCACUUGAGCUUAAUGGAUAAGGUGAAGAACAAAGCUGAUGAAGAUGUGAUCAUAUUAAACGUCGAUACAAACACACUGGAAACACCAUUUGAUGACCUUCACAACCUACCAAGUGAAGUGGUAUCAUCCUUGAAAUACAAACUGAAGAAGCAGUCAACAGCUACAGGUGAUGGGGUUGCAAGGGCUUUUCUCAAGGCGCAGGCUGCACUAUUUGGCUCUUAUAGGGACGCACUCCGAUAUAAACCUGGAGAGCCGAUUACAUUUUGCGAGGAGAGCUACGUUGCACAUCGGUCCAGCACUAUGAAACAGUUUCUUCAAAAUGCAGUACAACUUCAGCUCUUCAAACAGUUUAUCGAUGGGAGGUUGGAAAAGUUAAAUGCAGGGAAAGGAUUUUCUGAUGUUUUCGAAGAUGAGAUAACCGCAGGAGGCUAUAGUGGAGGAAAUUCAAAAUCUUACCAGCAAUGGAUGCACACAGUCAAGAAAGGCGGAGCUUUGAUAAAUACAGUGAUGACGAAAGCAAAUCCUGCCAUGAAAACAGCAUACAAAUUUGCUAAGAACCAAGCUAAGAUGGGGAUCAAAGAAGUGAAGAGCAUGUUAAAACAGAAGGAAUCAACUGAAGAUGAAGACCUGCAUCAUAAUGAGUGUCUAUCCCCAAACCUGCAAAGGCGAUCAAACUCUGAUCUUUUACAGAACCGGCUUCCAGCCACUAAACGUAAACGGAUUCGCCCUCAACGAUCGUCGCAUGCUGGGAUUGUUUCACCACCAGAUGCAGAUGACGCAGACAGAGCGAGCAAGAUAUCAUCUGAAGACAGUGGAGAAGUGUGUGCCUAUAUUGACGAUAGUGAUGAUUCUGAACAGACCGAACAAGAUCCACAAUCUCAAGGACAGAUGGAUCUGUUAGGAGAGAUCCUAGAUACCCUCAGUACACACAGUUCAGAUCAAGGAAAGCUGUGUAGUGCAAAAAGCCUUGAUUUCUUCAAGUCAAUGGAUGAUAUCAGUUACAAAGCUGCAAACAAGUCCAAUACUCCAAGUGAGGGAAACCUUUCUGAAUUCAGUGAACGAUAUGGUGAUCAUCUGAGUUGGCACUUGGGACAAGAUGAUACUGUUGUCCAUAGACGGCCUCUUCCACCAUCUCCCAGAAAAUCAUUUUAUGUUGAUGAAUGCCCACUCACCUUUGAGGCUUCACCUUAUGAAAGCUCCAGUGUGUUUGUUGAUGAGUUGACACAUUUUCCUAAACUCAAGAGUGACUCAUCUUUUAAAACUUCGGUGGCAACGAUAGCCUCCAGCCAGGAAUCAGACCAGAAGCAAAACAAAUCAGCCAAACUAAAGGAGCCAAAACAAGCACUAACCAGUGAAGCUGGUACUUGCGAAGAGCCGCAUCAAAAUACAGCAAGACAGACGUCAGUUUUAAUACCCUGGGAGAAAGAAGAUUUUGAGGCUGACUUGAUAGGGCCAAGCGAAAUAGAUCUACUCCAAGAAAUUGACUGUUUAUGUUCUAGAUUUGGAACUAGUCACAAUGUUUCCAGUAUUGAUGCCUCCACCACCAACACUUAGAAUUAAGUGUGCAGAUAAAAGAGUACUGUAAGCUUCAACUCAUUCGAAGAACUAUUUAACAACCUGAAAGAUUGUGAGAUGCUGCGGAACAAAAGGCAUUCUUGGCAUUUUUAAAUGCAGAAGAAGUGAACGUGGACUGCUUUACGCAAAAUCAAACAUAGAUUUUUCUCUCAAAUUUAAAUUUUAAUUGCUGAAGUGGACUGUUGCAGCCAUUUCUGCUUUAUUCACUUGGGCUUAACAUUUGACUACAAAUUGUUGCCUGGAAUGGAGGUACUGUUUUGACAAACCAGCAAUCAGGGAUGCAUGCAUACAACAAAAGUUUAACUUAAGCUGUUGUCAGCUGAAAGAUAAUCAAUUUUAAGUAAGAGAGACAAGAAAUAAAUUGAUGUUUCUACAUCACAUGGGGAGAUUGAAAUUUUAUUUCAGGGUCAGUGAGAUUUCCCUGUAUUAUUCCAAGCAAAUGAGGGAAACGAGGCACAUGCCUUGUAGUAUUUAAAUUCUUGCAUGCUCUAUAAAAAAUACAUGCAUAAUGUUAUAUACCAUUGAGUGGAUGAAAUGGGGUUGUUCAAGAUUACAAGCACGUGAGGAGGGUACAGUGGUACUAUUCUUUGCAAAUCCUUACAUUUCAAGCCCUCCUCAAACCUCCUGGAUUAUCUGAAUAAAUCUACAAGCUGGUUGAUCAUUUUGAAAUGGUUAAAUGCUCAUAUUUUAUUUAUGUUUCUUUCACCCAUGUCUAUAAAUGAAAUAUGCAGUAAAUUAAUGCCAAAUAAUCAAAGGUACUGCCUUAAAAUUACGUGUCACAGUCCUCUGAAAUCAUAAUGUAGCAUCUUUCUGAAUUUCUUUUUGCCACUGUUUAGAAGUGUCACAGAAACAAGGAUUCUUUAGUGUCUAAAUAGUGUAAACCUGAAAAUGCUUGAAAAUAUGUCAUUAGGCAAUAAUUAUCAGAAAUGGCAAUGCGGCACGGUGGCUCAGUGGUUAGCACUGCUGCCUCACAGCGCCAGGGACUCGGGUUCAAUUCCAGCCUCGGGCAACUGUCUGUGCGGAGUUUGCACGUUCUCCCCGUGUCUGCCUGGGUUUGCUCCGGUUUCCUCCCACAGUCCAAAAAUGUGCAGGUUAGGUGGAUCGGCCAUGCUAAAUUGCCUGUAGUGUUCAGGGGUGUGUGGGUUAUAGGGGGAUGGGUCUGGGUGGGAUGUUCCAAAGGGCGGUGUGGACUUGUUGGGCCGAAGGGCCUGUUUUCACACUGUAGGGAAUCUAAUCUAAUCAAACUCUGGUUUAUAAAGGGAGAAAAGAAGUAUUCUAUGGAGAUAAUGCUGUAUUUGAUUUAAUCAGCAGUCUGUUGGUACCAAUGAGUGUUCAAUCCAUGUCUUCCUGAAAGAGGUUGUGUUGCCUUUUUUUCCUUCAACCCCAUAAAUGAUAGCUCAUUUGAACCUCUCGAGCAAUAAUUUAGCAACAAAACAGUUUUUAAGAGACGUGAGUCAGCUUUCUUUGAGAACUUUAGCCGAACAUAAAAUAGUUGUUAACAUUUUGAUAAAUUGUAAGUGUUAUCAAUUUUCUAUGUACCCUUGCUGUAAAGUGUUUUUUUUGUAUUGAACAAAUGUGCACAAAAGCUGUAAAUGAUAAUAGUGAAAUAUUGCUGUGUUUUAGAAUGUGACUGUAAUAGGACUGGUGUAAUGUAACUGGCAACUAAUACUGGGAUAUAAGGAGGAAGAAGGACAUGCUGUUGGUAUUCCUGUUUCUUUAAUGGUACUUAAGUCUGUACAAACAGGAUAAUGAAUAUGUGGAUAGAUAGCAAAAUUCAUAAAUCUGACUGUACCAGUAACAUGUGCUACACUAAUGUUUAAUAGUUUUAAAUCUUUGGUUAACAUUUGGUUACUUGAUGAUUACUUUAAAUAAGACACCAUUUUGCACUCUGUUUGUUACUGGGGGCAUUGCUAUUGGUUCUUUGUUCCUCUAUCCUAAUUUUUUUUAAAAACUGGAUGUUAUUAAAGGACUCUUUCUGUCAGUCAGAGACACAUGCAUAAAAAUACUAUCGUUUUUUUUCAGGCAUUUAAAAUACCUGAAACAUCACUGUGGCAAAGGCUCAAACAUGUGCCUUAAUGAAAACAAAUUGGUACGUGACUUUACCUUGGGAAUGAUAACAUUUUUGUUCGAAACUAAGGACGUAGUGUGCAUGAAAAGAUGGCACAUACUUGAUAUAUCAAGUUGCAACUUGUUGUUGCAUUAUUUAGACCGUAUAUCAAAACAUAAAAUCAGCAGGAUAAUCCUAUUUGAUAUACCUCAGACUUCAAGCAAAAACUCAAAUUGAGCUGAGUUUUGUUUUAAAUUCUCUGUUGUCAAUCCAACCUACUCAAUUGUUGUCCUUGGUUUAGAUAUUGCAAAUAAUUUAAAACACAGCCUCUUUAUGCUCCAGAAGGCUCUUUGUAUAUUUUUUACAAUAACUGUGCAAUAUGGAUUCUAUUUACACAUUUUAUAUUUGAGAUUUUGCUUUCAAGUUGAAUUUUUGCACCAAGCUUUUUUUGAAGAGUAAAGUUUAAUCUGGAAUACAGAGAAGCCCCUAAAGCACAUAGAUGUUGAAUUAACCAUCAAAACUUGCUUGAUGCCAACUGCAAAAUUAAGAAACAGAAACAAAGUUGCUGGAAAAGUUCAGCAGGUCUGGCAGCAUCUGUGAAGGAGAAAACAGAGUUAACAUUUCCAGUGACCCUUCCUUAGAACAUUGCAAAAUUAGGUAACAUGGUCAAGAGAUCAUUGUAAAUAAAGAUUGCUGUGGAAUUAAUUUUCUGUUCUAGUGCUUUUCUUUCUUCCAGUCUUCAUCUUUGACAUCUUAUUUGAUCAGAAGUCUACUCUGAGUUUAAACCUCUAUAGUUAGUAUGACUUUCAUAGAGUGCACUUUUUUCCAUAUGCAUGUUGUUAACCUACAGAACAGCUUAUGUCAGAAACAAUUACAUUUUGAUUGUUAAAAAGUGAAUGUUUCCAUUACUGUUGCUUUCAACACUUAUUAAUGCAUGUUCAGUAAAAUAAAUGGCUUGCAUGUUUACUUUAUGCAAAAAGAUUUGUUCAUUGAAGCAUUUAGUUAACACACUUAUCCAUGAAUCACUAACAAUUCAACUGUAGUCUAAUACAUUUAAGUUGCCCUAACCUAGGCAAAUGGUGUAAAUAGUGAGCAGUUUCUUGCUUAGACACCUCUGUGUUCGUGCAUUUUAACUGUGUCCCAGUGAGUUUGGCUUUUUUGUGUAACUUGUCAUCAUCUUGUAUGUUUUAAAAGUCCAACAGAAAUGCCAGUAACUUGGCUUUUAAAGCACUAUGUCAGCAAUUAAGACUAAUCUGUGGAAGUGUUGGUGUCAGUUUUAAUUUCAAGUCGUUUAUAGAGGCCAUCCUUUUUUUAAUCUAGACUAACACAAUACAAGCUGUAUUCCAGAGCAUCUUAGCCUAUUAGCGGUGUUACUUGCCUUUCUGAUUCAAAAAUGUGCUGCGAGAAAAUUGGACUUGCUGCCUUCCAGUUGAAUAUGCGUUUCCAAUGGAUCCCGGUUUUGAUGUACAAACUCCAAGUUAAGCUGCUGGAGUGUAUAUUAAACUUUUAAUAGAGGAUUUUUGUGACUGUUAUGUGAGCACUGUACCAAAUAAAGGUCUAUCUGUUUAAAACGAAACCCAGUGACCAUUUCAGAGAGACCAUGUAUGGUAACAUAAGUUAGGAUACUUGAUGUCUUUGGCUAAUCUGUUAUCUUGAUGGUUCUCCAUACUGCUGUAUAACAACAAGAGAAAUUGUAAAACAAAAGUCGAAUAAAGUUAUUCUCCAGACUUUGCAGAGCUGUGCUUUGCCUUU